AUGGAUGUUGUGAUACAGGACUGGGACACCUAUUCUGCACAAGGCAUCGUUGUGUUCACUCUCAACAGACCACAACAUCGCAAUGCUCUCAACAGGGUAGCCGCUGAGAAGUUGUCAACAUGCUUUAGACAGUUCGAUAAUGAUGAUCGUUACAAGGUCGCCAUACUAUAUGGCGGUACUAAUGUGUUCUGCUCAGGUGCUGACUUGAAAGCAGUUGCAUCGGGCGAUGAGAAACAGAUGAAUCGAUUGGAACCUGAUGGUGAUAGUCCGAUGGGUGUGGCGAGAAUGAUGCUAUCAAAGCCCGUCAUUGCAGCUAUCUGUGGAUAUUGCGUAGCAGGUGGUUUGGAGUUAGCACUCUGGUGUGAUCUACGUGUUGCAGACGAGGAAACUGUGUUUGGAGUGUUCUGUCGAAGGUGGGGCGUGCCCCUUAUCGAUGGAGGCUCAGUCCGUUUGCCUCGUCUAAUAGGUCAAUCACGCGCGAUGGACCUCAUACUCACUGGACGUCCAGUCUCUGCCAAGGAAGCAUAUGAGAUAUUAGCGCCUUUGGGCAAGGCUUUGGAUGUAGCAGUCGAGUUGGCAACCUUGAUCUCAUCAUUCCCACAAGAGUGUAUGAGAUCAGAUCGAAAGUCAAUGUAUGAACAGCAUGGUCUAUCAUUGAACGAUGCUUUGAAGAAUGAGUUUGGACUUGGAGUUGGCUCAUUGAGACGAGAGGGUGUGUCAGGAGCCAAACGAUUCGAAUCGGGCUCUGGAAGGCAUGGCCAAGCGGCAACACUUACUGCCAAGUUGUAG